AUGAAAAUGAGCGACUUCAAAGCACUCGAGUCUAUGACCGAACGACUCAAUCUCAAACCACUACCCCUCGAUGAUCGGUCGGAUGAGGACAUCAUACACAAAAUCACCAAUCCUCCCCCAGUCACUUCUGAGGAGAACAUAUGGGCGUUUUGGCAUUCAGGCUUCGAGAAUAUGCCAGAAUGGCAGAAACGAAACGUUCUCGGGUGGGCGAGAAUGAUGGGCCCGAAAUGGACCAUCCGCGUCCUUGACCUUGGUCAUGGAUCCCCAGCGAACAUCUUCAACUUCCUGGAUGAAAGAACCCUGCCCAAGCAUCUGCACGACGGAAGAACCACUGGGCGGUACGCUGGCGCGAACACAUCUGAUACCAUUCGCUUACCAUGUAUCUUUCAGCAUGGCGGUGUCUGGAUGGACGUUGGUAUCAUCUUGUUGAUGCACCUCGAUCAAGUCUGCUGGUCUGCCCUGAAGGAUCCGAAAUCAAAAUUCCAAGUAGCCGUGGCUUCCUGCGAUCCGACCUUGAAGUCCGGCAUCGCCGAAAACUUCUUCAUUGCUGGCCGCAUGGGAAAUGGCUUCAUCAAACGUUGGAUGCUUGUGCUUCUGGAGGCAUGGACUGACAGAACCAACAAUAAGGGAAUACAUGCCCACCCUCUAUUCGAUCACAUUGUCCGGGAUGGACAAAUCAGUCACGUUUUCCAAGGGGCCUCUGGCGAUAAGUUGGACUAUUUUCAAGCUUACCUGGCAUACGAGCGAUUGAGGCUGCUGGAGGACCCAUACGAUGGGUUCAGCGGCCCGACGUACUGCAAGAACCGAGUGCUGCUCAUAGCUUAUCAAGAGUUUGCAUCGGCAGCGAUGCUAACAAAUGAUAGUGGCCCCAAGCAAUUCGACUUUUUCAAAACGCGGUUUGACCGGGAUCAAGACUCGGAAGGCUUCCAAGAGGCAAACGAGUUUUUCCAGUCUCUGCUCUCCAAGGCUGCGAUGUUGAAGCUAUAUCGUUGGAGAGAUCAUGAUGUCCCAACCCUGGCAGACCUAUGGGGCCAGCCGGAGAAUCACGAUGCGGAUUCUAAGCCAAACACUUUUGGUCGUUAUCUACGAUAUAUUAGCACGCACUUCACGCAAGAUCGAAAGAUAGACGCAAUCAAGUUCCCGCCAGUCAGAGAGAAGGUGUUGGUAGCAGGAUUGUUAGAGACUUUUGAUAGCCGAGAUGAAUCAAAUCACGAAGGAUCUGUUGAGUAA